AUGACCGCGUUCUGGCUGCUGUUGGUGGCGGUUAGCCAGGCCUACCCCUUGCUGGACGACGCGUACUCACCGGCUGAGGAAUUCUCCAACGAUCUCGCAGAGCGUGUUUCGCGUGAAUCCGCUCUUAGCCCCGAUCUGCGCGCUAAUCCGGACACUUGUGUGGCGCUCAAUCCACAUAGCGUCUUUUACAACCGCGUACCCAAAGCGGCCAGCACCUCCCUCAAGACGCUGGCCUCGCAACGUGCGCACAAAAACGGCUACAUUCACAUUUCCAGCACCGUCUACAACGAUCGCGGCUUUUUUGAAACGGACCAAGAGGAAGCCAAUGUUCAACGCAUUCAGGCCAUCUUUGAUCAGUACGAUAAGGUUCUGUACGACCAACAUAUCCGUUUCCUGAACUUUAGCAAGUUUGGCAAGCACCAGCCCGCCUACAUCAACAUGGUCCGCGAGCCCAUCUCCCGAGCCGUGUCCACCUACUACUUUGCUCGUGUGGGCCAGCACAGCCGACGGGAUGAGAUUCGUGCCCUCCUUGGCGAGCAGGCCGAUUGGGACAUCAACACUUGCAUUGAUCGCCGUGAGGAAUGCCGCUGGUUCACUUCGAAGAUUGAGCACUUUAACCUCAUGACCCGCUUCUUCUGCGGCCAUUCCGAAGCCUGCCGUGUUGUGGACGAUGCCGCCUUUGAGGUCGCCAAGUACAACCUCGAGCAUAACUUUGUCUUUGUGGGCGUCACUGAGCGCUUUGCCGAGUCGGUGCGCGUGCUUGAGAAGAUUCUGCCCAAGUUCUUUCGAGGCGCCUACCGUACCAUCUCCAGCGCUGCUCCCGACGCGUCUCGUCAAAAUGUCAAUAAGAAAGCAGGUGCCAAGCCCAACCAGGAAAACCUGGAGAUUCUUCAACACUUGGCCCGCUACGAUCUCGCUCUCUACCAGUUUGCGUCGGGCCUCUUUGAGCGCAAGCUGCAAGCUUGCUUUAGUGGCUUGGACGUGCCAGCGGCUGAGCAAAGUCCAAGCCUGGGGGAGCAGACCAGCCAAGGUGGUUCCUACGACGUGAACGGGUUCUCUGUUCCUCGAGCAUGA